ACGGUCUCGUGAUGAUGGCGUCAUCGGUGCGCAGCGGCAGGAUGGCGGCUGGAGCGGCGCGCUCGCUGCUGCUUUUGCGCCUCUCCGGUCAGACCUGGCGAUGUCGGGGCCGCGUUUACUCCUCGCCGGGGCUGAGGCGGCCUUUCUCUUCUGCGCCUUCCGUGGCGGGACCUUGGGUGGCCCGGGCGCCUUUGGGAGCGCCGCAACCAGAGGAGGAGCAGCGGCUCUUUCUCUUGGGCGGGCGUUCUUCCAGCGGCUACAGCAGCAGCAGCAGCAGCAGCGGCGGCGAAGACAACCUGGAAGGCUCUGAGGGCGACGGAGGCCUUCCUGGCUCCGGUGACAGCUCGGGCUCAGACUCUGGCGGACCAACUAUCGUAACAGCGCUGGCCCCGCUCAUGGUCCCUGAGCACGUCCCCCACGUGCCCCUUAUCCCUAUCUCCAGGAACCCGGUCUUCCCGCGCUUCAUCAAGAUAAUCGAGGUAAAAAACAAAAAACUGGUUGAUCUGUUGAGGAGAAAAGUAAGUCUUGCCCAGCCAUAUGCAGGUGUAUUUCUCAAAAAGGAUGACAGCAAUGAAUCAGAUGUGGUGGAAAAUCUAAAUGAAAUCUAUCAGAUGGGGACUUUCGUCCAGAUCCAUGAAAUGCAGGACCUGGGUGACAGAUUACGGAUGAUUGUCAUGGGACACCGGAGAAUUCGCAUCAACAAGCAGAUGGAAGUGGAGUUGGAGGAGACCGAGACCAAGAAGAAACCCCGGCAGAAACAGAGGCGUUCUAAGCAAGAAGUGGAUGAGCGACCAGAGACAAAGCAACAAGAUGUUGAAGUGGUGCUGGAACCUUUCCAGGUGUCUCCAGGCGAGGUGCUCAUGGUGGAAGUGGAGAAUGUGGUCCAUGAAGAUUUCCAGGUCUCGGAAGAGGUCAAAGCUCUGACGGCAGAAAUUGUUAAGACCAUCCGGGACAUCAUUGCCUUGAAUCCACUUUACAGAGAAUCUGUGCUUCAGAUGAUGCAGGCAGGGCAAAGGGUGGUUGACAACCCCAUCUACUUGAGUGACAUGGGCGCAGCUUUGACCGGAGCUGAAUCGCAUGAGCUUCAGGACGUCCUAGAAGAAACAAAUAUACCAAAACGCCUCUACAAAGCACUAUCUCUCCUCAAGAAAGAGUACGAGCUGAGCAAGCUUCAGCAGCGACUUGGGCGGGAGGUGGAAGAAAAGAUCAAGCAAACUCACCGCAAGUACCUGCUGCAAGAGCAGCUCAAGAUCAUCAAGAAGGAGCUGGGCCUGGAAAAGGAAGACAAAGAUGCCAUUGAGGAGAAGUUCCGAGAACGCCUGAAAGGGCUGGUGGUUCCAAAACACGUCAUGGAUGUGAUCGAUGAGGAGCUGAACAAAUUAGGCCUUUUAGAUAAUCACUCCUCGGAAUUCAAUGUCACCCGUAACUACUUGGACUGGCUGACAUCCAUCCCGUGGGGCAAAUGCAGUGAGGAGAACCUGGAAUUGGCCAGAGCCCAAGAAGUUUUGGAGGAGGAUCAUUAUGGCAUGGAGGAUGUGAAGAAAAGAGUGCUGGAAUUCAUUGCUGUCAGCCAGCUGCGAGGAUCCACGCAAGGCAAGAUCCUCUGUUUCUACGGCCCUCCAGGGGUUGGGAAGACCAGCAUUGCCCGCUCUAUUGCUCGUGCCUUGAACAGGGAGUACUUCCGCUUCAGCGUGGGUGGCAUGACGGAUGUGGCAGAAAUCAAGGGCCACAGGCGGACAUACGUGGGAGCCAUGCCUGGGAAAAUCAUUCAGUGCCUGAAGAAGACUAAGACGGAAAACCCUUUGAUCCUGAUUGAUGAGGUGGAUAAAAUAGGGCGAGGCUAUCAAGGAGACCCUUCCUCCGCUCUCCUCGAGCUGCUGGACCCAGAACAGAAUGCCAACUUCCUGGAUCACUACCUGGAUGUGGCCGUGGAUCUUUCCAAGGUGCUUUUCAUUUGCACAGCCAAUGUGACAGAAACGAUCCCAGAGCCCCUGCGAGACAGGAUGGAGAUGAUCAAUGUUUCAGGAUAUGUCGCCCAAGAGAAACUGGCAAUAGCAGAGAGAUAUUUGGUUCCUCAAGCUCGUGUACUCUGUGGAUUGGAUGAAAGCAAGGCCAGCAUCACGCAGGAUGUGCUGACAGUCCUCAUUAAGCAGUACUGCAGGGAAAGUGGUGUGAGGAACCUCCAGAAGCAAAUAGAGAAGGUCCUUCGAAAAUCUGCAUACAAAAUUGUCAGCGGAGAAAAGGAGAAAGUUGAUGUAACACCCGCAAACCUCCAGGAUUUCGUUGGGAAGCCCAUUUUCACGGUUGAUCGGAUGUACGAUGUGACUCCUCCCGGGGUGGUGAUGGGCCUCGCCUGGACAGCAAUGGGCGGCUCAACCUUGUUCAUAGAGACUUCUCUCCGGCGUCCCAAAGACAAGGAAAGCAAAGAUGGGACUCUUGAAAUGACAGGUCAACUGGGAGAUGUAAUGAAGGAGAGUGCCAAAAUUGCCUACACGUUUGCCCGGGCUUUUCUGAUGGAGAAGAUGCCCACCAAUGACUUCUUGAUGACCUCCCACAUCCAUGUACAUGUGCCAGAGGGUGCCACCCCGAAAGACGGGCCCAGUGCUGGCUGCACGAUUGUAACUGCCUUAUUGUCGUUGGCAUUAAACCAGCCUGUGAGGCAAAAUGUUGCCAUGACUGGGGAAGUGUCGUUGACUGGGAAGAUUCUCCCUGUGGGAGGCAUCAAGGAGAAGACCAUUGCCGCCAAGAGAGCUGGCGUCUCCUGUAUCAUUCUCCCAUCAGAAAACAAAAAAGAUUACAGUGACCUUGCUGAAUUCAUCACGGAAGGACUUGAAGUACAUUUUGUUGAACAUUAUAAGGAAAUCUUUGACAUUGUUUUCUCCAAGUCUUGAUUCUCCAGGAAGGUGAACCACUGCUGGGGUUCCCUCUCGCCUUCUCACUCGCUCCACUCUGGAAGGAAAAUGUGCAGGCUCAGCAGAGGGAGUGGGUGGGUGGGUGGGAGUUUGACUACUGCGAUGGCCUACUGCCCAGAAUGAUGGCUUUGGUUUCCUUUCCUUUACUCACUCUGAAAUAUAUUCUACUCAAACCGAUUUGAAUUAUGAACCAAUUAAAAUGUUUCCUGUGACACAGGGCUACAAGACUAGACUGAACAUAUGUGAGGAAGUCUACGACUCCUCAUCUUUCUCAAAUGUAUUUUCUUAUUGGAACUUAUAAAAUCCAGAUCCUGUCGUCUCUUGGUACUUUCUACUAGCACUUUAUGAAAUAAAAGUGGAAGUAUAUUUAAA